AUGAUAUGGGAGAGUCGAAUUAAGAGUGUUAAAGCUAUAAGGUUUCAAUCUCCUCAAAUUAGAUUAGCUUUGUUGGAAUUGUAUAAUUCUAGUGGUGAUGACGCUAAUAUUGCUAAAACAAAAAGUGAAGCCGAAAGUUUGGCUAAUUCUCUUGCAAGUUUUGAGUUUUUACUUGGCAUGGUAAUUUGGUAUGACAUUUUAUUUGCUAUUAACAUUGUGAGUAAAAAGUUGCAAUCUAAAUCCAUGAGUAUUGGAGUUGUAAUGAAUGAAGUGCAAGAGCCAACAUUUCCAAUAAAGCAUCGCAUCACUAGAAAAAGACAAUUUGAUGAGAAUGAGAAUGACGAUAAUGAUGAGGAAAUACAAUCAUCCGAGGAAUCUUUUAGAGUCAAUUAUUUUUUGGUGGUUGUUGAUAUUGCAAUAGCUUCUUUGAAAAUUAGAUUUGAGCAAUUGGAGAUGAUCUUUUUUUUUAAAUUGAAAGUGUUGCAAAUGACUUUGCCAAAUGAUUUGAUGUCAGCAUUUGAAAUCCUUGAGUUUGUCAAAGCUGCAGAUUGUUAUCCAAAUGUUUCUAUUGCCUAUCGAAUCCUAUUAACUAUGUCGGUGACAGUUCCAUCUGCUGAAAGAAGUUUUUCAAAGUUAAAAUUACUAAAUACCUACUUGAGAUCUUCAAUGUCACAAGAAAGGUUGAAUGGUCUAGCUACUUUAUGUAUUGAGAAAAAUAUGUUAUAA